AUGGAGAACAUUAUAUCUUGUGCUGCAGACGGUGCUCCAGUGAUGAUGGGCAAGAAAAAUGGAGUUUUAAAAUUAUUGAAAGACGACAAUCCCCAAAUGUUGUUAGUGCAUUGUGUUAUUCAUAGACAGAAUUUAGUUUCCAAAAAAGUUUCCCCUGUUCUAAACGAGACAUUGAAUGCAGUUAUAAAAUGCAUCAACACUAUAAAAGCUAAUGCCAAAUGUGAGCGUCUUUUCAAACAAUUUUGCAAGGAUCAAAAUGCAGACUAUGUAAGAUUAUUACUUCAUACUGAUGUAAGGUGGUUAUCAAAUGGGAAUUGCCUGAAAAGAUUCAUGGAAUUAUUUGAUAUUCUUAGUGAGUUCUUGGAUGACAAACCUUAUAUGACUCUGUUACUGACAGUUGAUGGUAAAGCACUUGUCAGUUAUUUAGCAGAUAUAUUUGAAAAACUCAAUGUCUUAAAUAAGGAGCUCCAAGGAACAAAUAUGACUCUUGUUAAUUCAAAGGCCAAGAUAUUUGGCUUUAUAUCAUUUCUGGAAUUAUCCCAAGAAAAUAUUUCUGUCCAAAAAUUUGAACAAUUUUAUUGGCUGAAUAAAUGUGAGGUAACAGAUGCUACUUGUCUUGUUAUUGUGGAGCACUUAAGAAUAAUGCUAGUGGAUCUGUCAGAUGUAACCAUGGAGUAUCAAGGAGAACUUUCAGAAUUACAAAAUGAUGACUCGAUUAAAGCCCUGUUCAAAAUAAAAGGAACAAUGAUGUGGCUCUGUGAAGAAACACAAGCUAAAUAUCCAAAUACAAGUAGUUUGGCAAGAAAACUACUGUUACCAUUCCCAUCGUCAUACUUAGUGGAAUGUGGAUUUAGUGCUGUGAAUGACUUAUUACUGAAGAAAAGAAACCGACUGGAUAUCACUAAACGAGGCGACUUGAGAUUGAAAUUAACAAAAUUUCUGCCUCGGAUAAAAUCUCUUUGCAGUAGACAUCAGGCUCAAGGGUCUCAUUAA